CACCUUUCCACUCUACAACCAUGACUACUCUCAACGCCUCUGAGCACUCUAUCAAGUCGGUCACCGUCUAUCGCACGGCAGCAGAGGUCGUCCGGCCUUUCGCCCUCGACCUCAAGGCGGGUAGGAAUACAGUGCACGUUGCUCAGCUAUCUAGCAGUAUAGACAGCCAAUCGUUGCGAGUGUCACAUCUGAGCGGUUCCGCUCGCGUGAUAGAUGUUCAGUGCACUGUCGAUGCACCCAAUGCAGCAGUGCCUGCGAACGACAGUGUCGCGUUGUUGGCGCGCAAGCGUGAGCUAGAGGAUGAGCGGAAGGUGCUUGAGCAGGGCUUGAGCCUGUUCGUAGACUACGCGCGGACGCUGAACAGCGCGCACACUGCGCCUGGCGAUGCUGUGAACUUCCUAGAUGCUUUCAUGGCUGGUCGUCGGUCCACCGUCGCCAGCAUCAGGAAGCUCGACGAUGAGAUUGCUGAGAGGGGCGGGCGAGUGACCUUCGUGAUCAUCGCCGCCGAGGCUUGUUCAGCCGGGCUUGAGAUGACAUACAAGGUCAACGAUGCUAGCUGGGAGCCGUACUACGACCUACACGCUACGACCGUUAGCGGCCAGCCUGCGUCGACGGUGUCCCUCCACUGCAACGUGCGGGUGAAGCAGACGUCGGGCGAAGACUGGAACGACACGGACAUCGCCUUCGUAACGAGCAGCGGGCCUCGUCAGGAAAGCGAUGCCGAUACUCCGUCGCUGGCUGGGCGCAAAGUUGUCCGCAUCCCGACCGGUCUUGGCGGGUUCGGGGCUGCUCCCGCGACUGCUGCAGUAGCACCAGCAUGGUUGGUCGGAGCUCCUGCGUCUAUGCCUUCGUCUGGGGGCAGUUUGUUCGGUCAUUCUGCACUGACGGGCACAGGCACCCCUACCGGCGCUGCUAUCAACAUAUUCCAGUCGCAUAGCAGUAGCGAUGAUCGCCCAGCGUCACAGCAGAGCGGUGGGUUCGGCGCUACUGCUAGCAUCCCUGCAGCCCAACAGCCCCGCUCGAGCCUGUUUGGUUCUCAAGCGGCUGGGAACCAACAGAACACUGCUGCUGGCACGGGGUGGCCCUCAGCCUUCGGACAGGUCACUGGGGGUGGUCUGUUCGGGAAGUCCCCUCCUUCCACGACGGUCUCCCCGGCUCAGCAAACUGGAUACGGGUCGCAGCCAAAGCCGAGUUCUCAGGGCGCGGCGCAGGAUGCUGCAACGGACAAAGCAGCCCUCCAGCCCAAGCCUCAGAUCGACGAUGGGAGCAACCCAGGGAACAGACACGUGUCCGACAUGCGCGUCACUGCGGUCGGCGAGAAGAUUACGAUCCGCGAGAGCACGCCCGCGGCCGACGUACGCCUGUCUGCGGCCGAGAGGGCGAGCAUCCCGAGCGACGGUGCGGGGCACGCCGUUCCGAUCGCGUCGCUUGCGCUGGACGCCGCGUUCAUGUGGGUGUGCGUGCCGCGGUCGCGCGCGGCCGCGUUCGUCGAGUGUCGCUCGAGGAACACCAGUACGCACACCCUCGUCGCAGGCCCGCUGACGGUGUACGUCGAUGGCAAGCAAGUGGCGAAGACUACGUUGAAGGACGUCAAACCGCAAGAAACAUUCGUCGCGCCGCUCGGGGUGGACGACGCGGUGCGAGUGUUGUAUCGGCGUACGGCGCGGACUGAAGAGCGACCGGAGCGCCCAUUCGUCGAGCGGAUCUGGACGACGGCGUGCACGGCGCGGUACGCAGUGACGAACGGGCACAGUUUUGCCCUGCCAGAGAUUCGGCUGCGGGACGCGCUGCCGGUGUCGGUGAACCCGCAGAUCGCGCUGCUGGUCAAGAGCGUGCGCGAAAGGGACCUGUCGGCGACUGGUACCGGCCCGGACGAGUGGGAGGUCACCACGCCUGCUGGCGUUUCUUGGGAGGAGACACCGGUGAUGCGCCCGCCGGGGAGCGUUCUGUAGUGUAGCUACGAUCUGUGAAGAGAUGUACGAUACGUCCCGUAUGUUUCUUGCCCCGAAGUGGUGCAGUCCUAGUACCAAUUUACCACUGUAUCAGAGUAUUUCAGUUGUAUGUCCGAUGUGACGAGUGAACGACGUGACGGUGUAUCGAAUUCAAAGAAGUGUGCUAUUGUGA